UUGAGCAAAUGGUAUGAUUGUAACGGUGACUCCCUCCUGUCACACUCCCUGGAAGGCUCUCAUACACACAUACAUAUAUAUAUAUAUAUAUAUAUAUUAUAUACACACAUACACACACACAGGGCUAGACUGGGCUCUGCUGCAUGCACAUCACCCCGAGCUGUGUGAGGAGCCUGCGCCAUGGAGAUCAACGACUCAAUAAGCCAGCAGGGCAGACUGCAGGUCAUAGCAGAGAAACGUAGGAGACAAGUGGAGAUUGAGACUAAGAGACGUCAGCUGGAAGAUGACAGAAGACAGCUGCAACACCUUAAGUCCAAAGCUCUGCGAGAAAGAUGGCUCCUGGAGGGUGCUCCAGCUUCCACACCUGAGGAGGAUGAGGCAACAAGGAGGCAAAUGCAGGAAGAUGAGCUGAGGACCCAAGAACUAGAAGACAGCAUUCAACGACUGGAGACAGAACUGGAAUUUCUUGAGAGUGGCUUGUCAAACACAUCCACCAAAGAGAGCCUAGCAGAGGAGUCACUACCUGCAGGUCAGGAGAUUGCAAAGAGCUACAAGACAUCCCUGAACACAACCAAGGGUCAAGAUGUUUCAGUAUCCCCAAGUCACAAGGCAGAAAGCCCAGACAUAAUGAGAGCAGCCAUGUAUUCUGUGGAGAUUACAGUAGAGAAGGACAAAAUCACAGGGGAGACUAAAAUCCUCUCCAGCAACACUGUGCUCCCCAAAGAGUGCCCCCCGCAGGGGGUCAAGGUUUAUGAAGAUGAACAGAAAGUAGUGCAUGCUGUGAGGACGGAGGCUGAUGCACCAAAUGAUGCCGUACAUGUACUAAGCUCAGUGGAAGUUGAAGAUCUGAUCCAUAAAGCAGAAGAGGCCACACUCAGUGAGAUUUCACUGAUUUCUGAUGACAAACCUAACAUCCACCGUGCCUCUCCUCGGAAGGAGAUUCCUGGAGUUCAGGCACUGCCUCCACAGACUCCUCCAGAGCAAGAGGCUCCAGUCACUAUGAUCUUCAUGGGCUACCAGAAUGUGGAGGAUGAAAAUGAAACUAAGAAGGUCUUGGGCAUGGAGGAAGCCAUCACAGCCGAACUGGUAGUCAUUAGUGAUGGGGACCCCCAAACUGCCACCGACCUGCCUGAAAAAAUGGAGCAUCCUCCUAAUGGAGCCCCAUCUGAAACCCCAACAAAGGUGGAAAAGCCAGAGAUCAAUGACACAGCAGCUCCCAAAAGUGGGGAGCAAGAUAUGACCAUGAAGAAACAGAGGUGCAAAUGCUGUAGUGUGAUGUAAAGAGAGAGGUGGAAGAGAAAGUUAUUUCUGCACCCACUCAAGUAUGAAGCCCGAAAGACGAUUUUUCCUUUCACCAGAAACCUCACAGGAAGGGUUACUCCUUCCUCAGCCUUUAGCAAUUUGAAAGAGGACAUUUCUCACACUUCCCAUUACAGCAUUGCUGGAGUUCUCUAAUCCACAAAAGGGUGGACUUCUAUAUAUCUUUUUUGUAAUGAAGGGUCCCUUUGUCAGUCCAAAGAAACCAAAUGGGAACCAAAUCCCCCAUGUCCCUCUCAUAAGCAGCAAUCGGUCUUUUCUCCAGACUGCAAAGGGGGCAUCCAUUCCCAAAUUAAGAUAGGUAAGCUUCUCAGCCUAUACCUUAAAGAUAAAUUAAGUGGUCCCUUUUUCCUCCAAUUUCUUACCUGAGAUAUUAUUCCGUGUACUACUGUGUUCCUCCCUACCAUGAUAAAUAUGCAGCUGUUUAUAUAUAUAUAUACCCAGAAAACUGCCAUUUAAGAAAGUAUUGUACUGGGCCAAAAGAUAAAAUUCCCUGCAACACUUCUUCUGGCCAGCGCUCAAAUAAUCUUCCUUUAACCAAAGUCCUCGCCUCAAGCAAGUUACCAAGUUUAAAAAAAAAUUCAGAAAACAUUUUCAAUGCCUGUUUCAUUCUAUAAGAUUUCCCUGACAGAACUGUGCACAGUAGAAGGGCCAUAGAACUGUGUAUCCAGUCUAUCAAAAUUCAUAGAAUGGUGUGCAGUAAUUUCAGCAUUAGAAUAUCAAACAGCUUUUGCUCUGACACCUAUGCUCUGUACAACAAUUCAAUAAUGGAAUUGGAAAUGCUUUUCUGAUUCAUAUCAGAUUUUUUGCCAAUGCUUGUUUAAGCUGGCCCUGUGAACUUUACAACUGGAAGAGGAUCAGUUUAGCUGAAUUCUGCGACAGAUGCAACCCAGAAGUACCCUUACUAACAGUCUUAGUGAAAAGGACAUGCAACUAAGAUACCUGCACUUUUGUUGAAAAAGAUGAAACCGUAGAGAAUGAUUGGAUUAACUGGUAUUACUCAAUACUGAAGCAUAUAUGCAGCAAAAACUAUUGUAUCCCUUGGUGUGUUAUUCAAACUGUGCAGCCUGUGUUAGAGUGAAUCUGUCACUGUGGGCACCUUCAGAUAAUGUGGGUCCAGUGCAAAUAGUUAUGUGAGCUAAAUAGAGGCCGCCAUCAGCUGCAUAUCCUCCAAUACAGUGGUUUAUGAAUUUCACAUAAUUUGCACUGCAGUCGCAUAUUUCAUUAUGCCAUGUGUACAAGAGAAUAACUGUAAGAAGGUGCUGUAUAGGAAAGCCUAGUAAAAUAUCUAUAUAUUAAUUCACCAACCAAUACAAUGUGCUUUUCGGAUAAUUUUUUAUGGCUCUCAAUUAAUUGUGGGUGACAGAUUCACUUUAGCAAUGUUAUAGGCCUCUAUAGUAACAUUGUUUUGCAUUCUGUAAUACCCCAGUGUUAAAUUUUGCAUAUUAACUAAUGUGGUAUAUUGUCUUUGGAGUGAUAUCAGUCACCUAAAUAUAGCUGGCGACUGCUAGGCAGAAGAAACUCUAUAUACGUUAGAAAAAGCAAGUGCUGUUCAGAUUGUGAGGAAUAUAUACACAAGAUGGGUACAGAUUAGGCAUAGCACCAUGCAUUGUGGGUUUUAAAGAGAUUACUCAGCAAUGCAUGUAACCUGAACAACAAAACACGCUGGAGUAAAUGGCAAAGCUCACAUGCAAUGGAGCACGUGACCACGUGUGUUAAUGUGACAUGAAUUUGCAAGUUUCAUCUCAUUCCUGGCAUACACCGUCUAUGUGCAUAAAGUAUGCGAUUAGUUAUAUUCCUGUGUUCAGUCCGUAUGCUAGCAAUUGGACCAGCAUUAUGUAGAAACCAGAUUUCGCUGCCUACUAGUCGCUUGGGUGCUUUUGGGUGACACGUUUACAUUAACAAAAUUUUAUUGCAGCAAGUAGGUUGUGAGAGUGCCUUGUGUGUGUCUUGUAUUUUAAAAUUCUUGGCUACUGGAAGUGAAUGCAGUAUGCUGCAAAGCAUUGUUAUAAUAGGCGUGGAGGGGUUCUGUUCUGUGGAUCUUUAUGGAGUUCUAUUGACCCCCAUAUGCUGAUGGCCCUCCUGUGACGACUUUAAGCUGACCCGGGCUGACUUUCUGUCUCUAAGAGUGAAUAUAAUGCUGGGAGCUGCGGGGCUGUGAGGCCCAGGCUGGACAUUCAUAUACAUUAUGUGCCUCUGGAUUUCCCUGCCUGUUACUAACCCUCAUUUGCUCCUAUUUCCAAGAUUCAGAACAAAUGAAUUGUAAAAAAACAUCUCAGUUAGUAAAUAAACUGUGUCAUUUAGUCCCAUGA